AUGAAAGCUGCUUGUAUUUAUGCAGAUGUAUCAGAUAUAGAUCUUCGGAGCGAAUACUUACCAAAUUAUAUGAUCCUAUCAUAUGAAAGCAUCAAAAAUGGCCUUUCAAAUCCUUUAUUAUUUCAAAAUCAAUUAAACCCAUCGAAAAUUAUUAUCGACUGCAAUUGCAAUGAUGACGAAUGUUUUAAACUAGGCAAAUACCUUGGUAUAAAUAAGUUUAUUAUACAAUUAACUGGAAAUAUUUUGAUAGAAAUUGCUCAAUUCAUUUUACAAGCAUUAAAUGCAGAUGAAGCGUUCGAAUUUAUUGUAAUAUGCGAUGAAUUUAACCAAUGGAUGCGUUUAUCCGAGUUAUGCAACAAUAAUAAGCGAAUUACUUGUUGUCCUGUAUUAUCUAAGAAUAUUAAGGACAAUUUCUUUUGGUUUACAGUUCCUAUUAGCUUUGUUAUACUUACAAAAUACCAAUAUGAUGAAAAAUGUAACAUAAAUCAAGAAUGGAUUCAAUUUAUACAACAACUACAUGAAAGAAAUUGUGUAUUUGUUUAUUUAUCAAACAUGGAUAAUGUUGGAAUACUACUUAAUAAUUUAUCUUCUAUUGUUUCAGAUAUAAAUUCAAAUUCUCCUUUAAUUCAGAAAGCUGAUUCAGUUUUACCACCAAAAGAUAUUGUCUGUCAAAUAUUUCAAAUGAUUUUAAGUGAAAAACCUGAUUCUUCCCUUGGAAUUUAUAGUUUAAUGAUGGAAGAAAUUUCUUUAGCAGCUGCGCAGUUGGGAUUUACGAAUUUGUCUCUUAUAUCAAAAGAUAAUAUCGUUCUUAAUAAGCUUAAAGCUGUUUUUGGAGAAAAAAUCAAAAUAAAAUUAGAAGAUCUUAAAAAUUCAAAGGCAGAUUGUAUGUUUCUUGAUUGUUUUGAUGGUUUUGGACAAUACCCAGAUAUUCUUGCUUUAACAAAUUGUUCCAGAAUCAUUCCAUCAAAAAUUGUCAUAGAAAUAAUGCCUGUGAUGUCACAAUACUACUGGAUGUAUAGUUCUGAUGAUAAAUCUGAUAUAUCUAUUGUUAAUCCUGCUUUCGCAAUGAGUAUCAGCGAACCAAAGUUAUUAUUUGAGAUUUCAAAGCCAGAAGAUGCAAAUAAGAGUGCUAAAAUUGAUUUUAUAUCAAAUGUAAAUGCAAUUCUACACGGAUUUAUGUGUAGAACUUCAUUUUGUAUCAAUGAAAAUGAUGAAAUUUCAAAUUGUUUCAAUUUUAUACCAAUUUUGCAUGCAGUAAAAGUAAGAAAUGGUACUCCAAUAUCCUUUAGAUUCGAAAGGAAAUCAAAUGGAAAGAAAUUUUUCUUCCAAUGGAAUUUAACGAAGCCAGAGCUUUUACCAAUACAAAACGCUAAUGGUUGCUUAUAUAAAUAUGAUGUUUGUUUGUAA